AUACAGCUGUAAGGAAUUGUCCUCUUCCAGCCAACCACCUCCUCUCCUGCCUCUCCCCAACUCCCUCCCUCUCUCCUCUCAUUUCCGUUCCAAUUCUGAUUCUCGCGACAACAGACAUCGAUCCUAUCGGGAGGACGCAGCGACCGAUCCCAGCGGUGGCACGAGACGGUGCACCCGCGAGGCGUGCGCCCUGCCGCCGAUCGCCGACGGCUGACUCGCGGUGGGGCUCGCGCUGGUCUCUUGUUGCUCCGCCUCGGCUCCGGUGCAUUGUUCUGCCUCCCGGCUCGACCGACGGUUCCUCGGCUCCUAGAUUUCGCCAAUUCGUUUGGUUUCCUGUCUUAGUGUUUUGAUCGGCUUGUGGGAUGUGACCACGGCCUCUGUGCUGAUGAUAAAAGUGAGAAUGUGUGGAAGUCUCGAGUCAUGGUUCUUUAUGUAAUGCACGUGAUCAAAGUUUUCACCAAUAUCAUUGGUGUGGUGACCAUUGCUCUCAUCUCCAUAGUCUCCAUCUUGGGUCUGGUCUGCCUCUGCCGCUCGGUGUACUUCCAGCUAUGGAUCAAAAGAAGAGGCUAUCAGCGGCUUAGCUACUUCAACGGUCCAUGGCUGACGCGCAUAACAUUGAUCCUGGUUGCAUUUUGGUGGGGUAUCGGAGAGGUACUUAGGCUCACCUUUGUGAAUGGGAAAGGGAGGUUUAUUUCUAACCGGGCAUGGCAAGUGAAUGUGUGCAAAUUCUACAUCAUCUCAAAUUUGGGGUUUGCAGAACCAGGAUUGUUCCUCUUGUUAGCUUUCCUUAUUAGCGCAGCUUUGCAGAAACAAGAGCUUGGUACCUUAAACCGAAAAUGGAACCGCAAGACCAUACGUGCAGUGUUCAUUCUCUGCUCACCUUCUCUCGUCUGGGAGGCUUGUGUUGUCUUCGUCAUUUCUUCUGAUGAUGGCCAGGCAUCAAAGUUUGCAAAGUACUGGUAUUCUGCCUCAGCAGUCCACAAUGGCGACAUCACAUGCACAUACCCGUUGUUAAGCAGCAUAUUUCUCGGGGCAUUCUACAUCAUCUUGACCAUCUAUGUCAUGUUUGUCGGAGGUCAGAUGCUGUCUCUGGUGAUCAACAAGGGGCUUCGGCGGAGGAUAUAUAUGCUGAUUUCUGCCACUGUAAUAUUACUUCCCCGAGCUACACUUCUUGGGUUCUCUGUUCUUCCUUGGCCUGGUGAAAUAGUCCAUGAGUCUCUCGUGUUUAUCUCCUUCCUUGUGCUGAUGCUUGCUGCCAUGGUUGGUAUUGUGAUCCUGGUGUAUUUCCCGGUUGCUGAUACCUUUGCCAUAGGAGACCAGGAGCAUCUAGAGAUGCAAGAAAGGCGUGCCAUUAUCCUAUGAUAGGCUUAUCGUUUGACUUGACGUCCAGCUUUUUGUUCAAGGACAAACUGAGGGGGCUUCCCUUGUUGCUUCCCGUGGCCUGCAUAUUCAGUCAACCAGUCUUGCAACUGCAGCUGCGAUUUUAUCUCCGGAAUUUUGUAAAGAUAGAACAGGUUAAAGUAGGAUAACAUUUUCAGAUUAUUUCCCCCCUACUUAUCUUCACUCAUGUUGCAUGAGAAGUCCUGCAAAAUAGUUUCUUAGAUAGUGAAAAUAUGGAGAUUGCGUAACUGAUUAUCUCUUGUACAUUGAGGAAAAGCUUAUAUACUCUCAGCCUCUUUGACUGAGCUUGUAUCCUUCGAGUGACGUCUCCACCAUUUUUGCAGUAAAAGAGAUGUUAUUUUCUGUGAGUA